AUGACCGGCCUUCCCUCAAGCCUGUCAGAAGCAGCCACCGAGGUUCUCCUUGCUGACCUCCUGGAUCGGCCUAUACUGACAUAUGAUCACCUCCUCUACGCCGACUUCCUGAAGAAUCACCUUAUCCCGAAUACGCCCUUCCUCCUCUCAGCCGCGGCCACAUCUUCCUGGUCAUCUCGUCUCGAAUGGACGAUACCGACGACAAAUGCCUCGGCGGGCCCAUCCCGCGCGAACCUCACUGCGCUACGGCGGUACGGACACCACAUCGUGCCAAUAGCCAAUACGGCGCGGCGCGAGUACUCCGAGUUUGAGCGCACUGAGGGACCUCUCUCCGAAGUCCUGGAUAUCUGGGAAGGUAAAGGCAAGCACGAAGAGGCCGGGGGGAAAGGGCUGUAUGUCAAGGAUUGGCAUCUGCUUGAGGAGGUGGAAAGGGCCGGAGGGGGCGCUGGGGAGGUAUAUGAGGUCCCAGAAUGCUUUAGGGAGGACUGGCUGAACCCCGCUUACACCCCAUAUCCCAGGUCUAGUCUAGCGACUCCAGGCCCGGAUCCCGCUUCCUCACCCACAGCCUCCCGAUCCGACUUCCGGUUCACCUACCUCGGUCCCGCAGGCACCUUCACGCCUCUCCAUCGAGACGUCUACGCCUCAUACUCCUGGUCCGCCAACAUCGUCGGAAGGAAGAUAUGGUGGCUCUUCCCGCCGGAUCCAGAGGUAUGGCGGAAGCUGGGCAUACCGGCGCUUGGAGCGUCCGGGAACGACAGUGGAAUGGAAAAGAUGGCUUUCGACGUGAGGGAUCUGGAGGGCGAUGUUGGCGGGAUCAAGAUAUUGCAAGAGGAAGGGGAGGUCAUUUUCGUUCCAUCAGGAUGGUAUCACCAGGUUGUAAAUCUGGACUUUUGCAUAUCGAUCAAUCACAACUUCAUCGCUCCCGCUACCCUGUCCAAGGCUUACGAUGCCCUCGAACAUGCUCAAAUGGCAGUCGAGGAGAGUAUCGCCGAUGUGAAGGACAUGAUACGAUCUAGACUCGGCGACAAGGGAGAGUUCGAUGUCGGUGGUGUUCCGGAAUGGGAGAAGGAAUGGGUCGAUGAGGUGCAAAAGCUGUUGGAGAUGGAUGCCGGGUGGGGAUGGAGGGGAUUCUGGUUAUGCGUCCGGACAAACAUCAAGUCACCGCCAGCGGCAUCGUCUUGCUCGACUCCCACCGGACUACGGAACAGUCCUGCCAGCGGUCCGAGCUAUUGUCCUCGAAAUUGA